GGUCUAUACACUUGAAAAUCAAUCUUUUUUUCCUUAACUACCCAAGGUAUACUUCGCCCUACACUCCUUUCCAUUUUUGAACAUUCUAUUCCCAGUUAGAAGUAUGUUGGGGUCACUCUUUACACUCACCAACCUUCUUCUAUCUACUGCCGUAGCGCUACCAUCCGGCAUCAUACGCAGCAGUCAUCUUUCUGGCGGCUUAUCCCCCCGAGCAUCAUGCGCGACGCAGGCGACCGACGCUACUAACGAGGGCGACCAAGGGGGUGCCGGGAUCAAGCUGAGCAACAGCGGUAAUGGGACUCGCAGUUACUUCGUAUAUGAGAACAGCUGCGACAGCAUACCGCUCAAAUAUGUGACCGUUAAUGCUGGGGAGACCAAGUUCGUAGCGUUACCGGCACUGUUCCAAGGUCGUAUCGUACGGGGCACCGAUGCCAACUUAGACGGACAACCACACCUGUUAGGUACCUGGCUGGAACUCGGAUUCGACGGCACGGGUAAGGCUUACGGCGACGUAUCACUGAUCCGAGGUUGUGAUGGUCCCGUGACCCUUGCUGCUGACGAUGGGACUGGCGUGAGCACUGGCUUCGACGACCCAAGCGUAUUAGCAGACGCACCCGAAGGCGUCUUCCAGCUUGCGAGUGACGGAUCCAAGGUUAUCGAAGCCACCGAGGGCCUGCUCUCCGCUGUCGUCGACGCCGCGAGGGACUACCUCGCCAGCAAGAUCGGCUACGACAAGGCGUACAUCGACGACUAUCACGGCAACCCCGUCAUCUGCUCCUCGAACGAACGAUUCAAUGCUACAUUCUACUAGGAGAGCGAAGCAUUAUCAAAAGCCGUCGCGUGGUCAGGGGACUUCAGCGUGGUGUUUAAGGGGCAUUGGAGGCACAGGAAAAGAAAACAACAGGUUUAUAAAAAUUUUGGGGGAAGUCGGUGGAAAGGCAGAGACCCUGCUAACUACCUCAUAUAUGGCUUCCGUAACAUUCUUGUAUAUAUUUACACCAGGUUUUUUGUUGAGAUAUCCGCCUGGGCACUUGGCACAUGCGAAAUUGCUCUGUGGGCAACUUUCACUUCUAAGGUAUAUUAAAUUAUCAAGGGAAACGUACCGAUAACUCGGCUUAUACACAAUUACUUUUGUC